AUGGGUGAGAAGAGUAGAGACGCAGAAUCGGCUAUGCAAUCAUCCAAGGAGCUGAAACGCAAGAAGAGGAUCAAAUUAGCCAUCUAUAUCGCCAUCUUCGUAGUGUUUCAGAUAAUCGUUAUUACGGUUUUUGGACUCGUUAUAAUGAAAGCCAAGACUCCUAAGCUAAGGCUAAGCAAUAAUAUUGAUAUUCAAAGUGCCAGCGUAGGCAAUUCUUCCUCUCCUUCAUUCGACAUAUCCUUUGUAGCUCAACUUCGAGUCAAGAACUCCAACUUUGGGCCCUACAAGUUCGACAACACCACCGCCACCUUCACCUACGGCGGCGCCACCGUAGGACAGGUCAUCGUUCCCAAAGGCAAGGUUGGACUUAAGUCAACCAAAAAGAUUAAUGUGAUUGUGAGUUUGAGUUCAUCCCAGUUGCCAAACAAUGCCAAUCCCGCCGGGAAACAGUACUGGACCCCCGACCUGACGUUGACUCUCGGCGCCACGGCGAAGAUGACCGGGAAAGUAGAGCUGAUGUGGAUCAUGAAGAAGAAGAAGUCGACCAAUAUGAAUUGCACUCUUAUUAUUGAUGUCAAUGAUCAUAACAAGCUCCGGUCUUUAGAAUGCAAGUGA